GAGAGAGAGAGAGAGAGAGAGAGAGAGAUGGCUUUAGGAGUACCGUCGACUCCAUUGACGUUUGCGGCACACGCGCUCGGAGUCGCGGUUUUGGUGUUGGUUCUGGUUUGGUCCUUACACUUUCGAGGUGGUUUCGCAUGGGAAGCUACAAACAAGAACCUCAUCUUCAACCUCCAUCCCUUUCUCAUGGUAUUAGGAUUAAUUAUCCUUGGAGGAGAAGCCAUUAUUAGUUAUAAGUCACUUCCUUUAAGGAAAGAAGUGAAGAAAUUAGUGCACCUGGUUCUUCAUGCCAUUGCAUUAGCACUCGGCAUAGUCGGCAUUUGUGCUGCAUUCAAGAACCACAAUGAGUCUGGAAUUGCCAAUCUCUACAGUCUGCACUCCUGGAUUGGCAUCGGGGUUAUUUCUCUCUAUGGUAUUCAGUGGAUAUAUGGGUUCUUGGUAUUCUUCUACCCAAAAGGAAGUCCGGGACUAAGAAGUGACUCAAUUCCAUGGCAUGUGAUACUAGGGCUUCUCAUAUACGUUUUAGCCGUAGGCAAUGCUACCUUGGGGUUCUUGGAGAAGCUCACAUUCCUGGAGAGCUCAGGACUUGAAAAGUUUGGAAGUGAGGCAUUUCUUGUCAACUUCACAGCUCUCGUCACGAUCGUGUUUGGGGUGUUCGUUAUAUUCUCUGUCAUUUCUCAAGCUCCUGUAGAAGACGACCACAGCUACUCAGAAAUAUGAACUACAGUGCUACAUGAUAUCUACGUCUUCGCCAUACUUAAUUGGCUUGAAGCCCUGAACCAAUAAAGCAUGGAGAUCAAUCAUCUUCGUUAUGUCAUUGAUGUGUAGUACGUCCUACUUCUAUACAUAAGAUUAGUCGAUCAGCUUUUAUUCGAAGUAGAGAAUUUAUGUUGCGUAUAUUAAUAGUGCAUUAACCAUUUAUGUAAGGAUGGUAGAUUAGAUCGAAUUCUGUAGAGAUAAAUCGAUUCUAUGCUCUAGUAGAUUCUCGAUAUAGAUCUCCAUUGCAGAAUUGAAGUCUUCAAUUC